AUGGACUUCCAAAAACAGUUUUCUGGUCGACAGACAGCAAGAUACCAGAGGUUUACUAGUGCCGUUGAGAAGUCAGCAAGGCCUAAAAAGCCCUGGAUGAAGAAAAUAAAUGGAAGAGUUAAAGGUUUCAGGUUAUCAAAGUGUAAGAAGUUGAACUGGAAGGCUUUUUCAGUGAUUUUAAUACCAAAAAGGAUUGCUAGGGUUUACUUUGAUAUUGUUAAACGAAUGAAGCUGGAUGAAGUAUGCCCUGCAAUUAUCUUCUCUUGCCAGUGGGGACUUCCUGUUCUUUCUCAUUCAUCUGUUAACUGUCCAAAGAAUUCCAGGACUUUGACAUGGCUUUAA